AUGAGAAUUGGAUAUGUAGGAAGUAAAGGUCCCACCUACUUUGACGAAUUUAAAAAUUUAGAAUUUGGAAAAUUGUUUGAAGAAAAUGUUAUGGAGACAAGGAAGGGACAAAGAAUGGUGGAAUGGUGGACAGGAGAAGCAGUUUUUGUGGGGAGGAAGAAGGAAUGGCAGCGUUUUGCCCUUUUCAUUAUUCAAAGUGUAUCGACGGUUACUGCCGGUACGCUCUUCUUCCUAGCCCUCGUCGCCGCUCUUCUCCGUCUACGCCGACGCCUUCAUCCACGAAAACUGCCACCGCCUCCUCGACGUCAAGAGGGAUUCACGCACUGCGAUCUCGCUCGGUUCCUCUUAGGUACAAUUGAAAAAGUUUCUACUAUCCAUGGGAUAAAUAGACUCCAUAACUUGAACUUUGGGAGGCUUCUGCACUCUUUAAUUCACCCCAUUCUCUAUCUGUUGGUUUUUCUUUCUCUGACCCUCUUCCCUUUAGUCUUUUCAGCAGGAUUUUGGACUUUUAUGUUUUCGGCAACUUUAGUCAGAGGAACAAGGCGUGGGUUUUCCCGCACAUUCAAUAGUGGUAGGUUAUUCUGGUUAUGCUGUCUAGUUGAACAUGCUCCAAACAUUGCAUCAUCCCCUACCACGACUUCAUAUUUCAGGUCCUUUAAACCUCAUAAUUGCAUACAUCAAAGAACUUACAGAACACCAAGGCAUCUUUCAGGAGUUCCCACCAUACCUUCUCUAUCAUAUUUUCCUUUAAAGCAGAGAUCAAAUAUCUUUGGAAGCCAAGGUAUUUUGGGAAGCUGUCUCUCUGUCAGAUACAUAAGUAAUGAAUCAGUUGAGCUGAAGACUGACAACGAUGUUGUGCGGUUCUCUCUGGACAAGUCGGAUGAUAUUAAUUCCGAAAACAAGAGCCGGAAGAACAAAAAAGUUAAAAUGUCUAAAAAAGCUAAACUGAACGAGCUCAGGUUUUAUCGUUUGAAGGCCAAGAAAAAGAUGAAUUCCCCAAAUCCAGUUGUUAGAAUUAGAUAUAAACUUGAAAAGGCCAAGCGAAAGGAAACUUGGUUGAUAGAAAAACUGAGAAAAUAUGAUGUACCAAAACCCCCUCCAGAAACAUUUGAUCCUGAAAUUUUAACUGAGGAGGAAAGGCAUUACCUGAAGCGCACAGUAAAGGUUAUCUGCAAGCCUUGCAAACCGGGGCAAGUUCAUGAAUAUGCUGAAGAACUUGCUCGAUUGAGCAAAGGCAUUGUGAUUGACAUCAAACCUAAUAAUACUAUCAUCUUUUACCGUGGGAAGAACUAUGUACAACCACAACUAAUGUCUCCUCCAAAUACAUUAUCAAAAGCAAAGGCCUUAGAGAAAUAUAGGUUCGAGCAAUCCCUUGAGCAUUCUAGCCAGUUCAUUGAAAGGUUGGAGAAAGAACUUGAAGAAUAUCAUCAGCACCUUGCAAAGUUUAGAAAAGGGAAAGAGGAUACCACUAAAGAUGAACGUGAGAGUGACCCUCGAGAAACACACACCAUAACUGAUGAUGAGACAGGUGAAGAAAUCAAGUUCAAUAAUAUCUAUGCUUAUCGAUACAUGAUCUCUACGAUAGUCAUUGGGUUUGCGUACAACCUGCUUCAGAUGACAUUCUCAAUCUUCACUGUGGUCUCUGGAAACCGUGUAUUUAGUGGUUAUGGUGGCUAUCUAUUUGAUUUCUUUGGUGACAAGAUCAUAUCAUACCUUCUGAUUUCGGGUUCUGCUGCUGAAUUUGGUUUGACAGUAGAGCUGCGUAGAGUUUUACCUGCCAACCCCUUCACUUAUAAGGCAAAUGUUUCGGCCAGCCUUCUUAUCAUUGGAUUUUUGUUCACUUCCAUGGCAUCAAUUUUCACUUCCUUUACUCUCCCAAAGAAACCCUAG